CAGGCAUCGGUCAGCCCGGCACACAACAGAUACUCUGGAAAGCUCCGAUCAUUUGCAAGCACUGUGGGCAGCGUCAGUAGCAUCAAUAAGUCUCUGUCGUACAUGGAUCUGAGAGGCACUUUACGGGAACCCGAGACCAACAGCUCCUUCAUUGGGUCUACAGAGAACCAUGGGAGCUCGUCCCCUUCCAGACGGAGAUAUGACAGUCCUGCUGUUAGGAAAACCGAAACAAAAAGCCCUUCCUAUGAGCAUGGUCAUGACAGACAGGGUUUCUCUUCCUCCUCCUUGAAGAGCCGCUAUGAUUCCAGAAGCCAGUCCCAUGUGGGGAGGCAGGAGACAAAUGUCUCAUCAAAUCAGACUCAAGAGAGUCGACGAAGUGCGUCUCCAGUCAGAAAGGGCUAUGGAGCACCAAACCAAUCAGAUAGAAAAUCCAUGUCUAAUGGAUGGAGUGAUGAUAGAAUAAAACCCUCCCCAUGUACAAGAAGCUAUGAAAUGCAAAGCCAAGCCACAGUGAAGAAACCAGAGGCCAGGAGCUCCCUUCACAGCUAUAGCCGAGACAGCCGACACUCUUCCCCAAGUAGAGGACCUCACCAAAACCCUGGUCCGUCAUCCCUUCAUAAGUCCAAAACAAGCCCGUCCUUAUACAACCGUGGUCCCGAGAGCUGCAGUCCCUCCCCCUUAGCUCAGAGCCAAUCUCCUCCUCGCAAGUCAGAGAGUGGGCGGAGCCCCACUGUUUCCACAUUGAUGCGUGAGAUCACAGACCACGCCCCUCUGAGGAACACUGUGAGUGACAGAACUGGCUCCACCUCUUAUGUAAGAAAAACCCUGAGUAGCCAAUCCCAGCAUGAUUCAAACCCUUCAUCAGGCCGCUGGAGAGGCUCCUCCCACUCCCUCCACAGCCAAUCAGUCUCACUUAUCUCCUCCCCAUCACACCACAGCAGAGAAGAGAAACAAAUCAGCUCUUUUACCAGAUCUGCCUCUGAUGCCAGGGAAACACCUCAAGACAGAAACAAGGGGAGCAGCAUAAGACAGAACCCAGAGGUACAAAGCUCCAUGUCCAACCACCGACGAGCACAGAGACCACACAGAAGCCCCUCCCCUCCGGUCCAAAGAAACACCUCCUCUCACAGCACUGUGGACUCUGAGUCAGGUCAUCUCUCAGCCGGGUCAUUGGGUCUCGACCGGGAUGAAGAUUCCAUGUUGACUGACCUGCCCAAGGUCCAAACGGUCUUCCAGAGGGAGGAUCCGAGCCACCUGAGGAAGACUGAGAGCAGACAGAAACAAGAACUUCCCCGCUACAAACCGGCAAGUCACUCCCAGAGCAAAGCUCUUCACUGGGAAUGAGACGAACCAGAGGAUGGAAGAGACAGUGGUUCACUAUCAAGGGCUCACUCGUCCAGCUCCCUACACACACAGAGAGCCAGCAGUCAGACUUGGUCCAGCAGAUCAUCAGGACUGAAGCAGGUGAUGUAAUGCCUCUGUCUGCCUGUGGAGGCGCUGUGGGCUCAGUGUGGCUCACUGCAGCGAGGAGCAGACUGAUGAAGAACCAACACAACAGGCACAUCAUGACCACAUGACACUCACCUUUAAACACAUCGUUCACUCACAGUUAAAUCUCUCGACUACAUGUUCUUACCACAUUGAUGUACCAAACCAUGACUUUCUUUCUUCCACAGAGCACAAAAGGAGAUUGUAGGCAGAAUGACAGCUAUAGGAAUGAGUAUCAUUCCUCACAUAAAAACAUCAAACUUAAAGUGCAUUAUUAAUCAAUCAUUUUAUUAACUUAGCAAGAAAUUUGAUGCAUCAAAUAAGUUUCUAAGUAGAAAAUUAGUCGUAAUAUUAGUGAAUAAUUGUGUAGGACUGAACUAUUUCUCCUUGCAGACAGCGUUCGCUCA